UUAAAUAAGAGGCGAGAGCAUUUAAUCAAAUGAUGCGGGUGAGUAGGUAAAAAGAGUAUUGAGGGGAAAGCAUGUGUAUCGCAGUGUUCAUGUGGCAGGCUCAUCCAAAAUACCCCUUUCUUCUCUUACACAACAGGGACGAAUUGUAUUCGAGGGCUACGGAGGCGUUGACGUGGUGGGAAGGGGAAGGGGAAGGGGAAGGAAUAUUAAGUGGUAAGGAUGGGGUUGGCGGUGGGACAUGGUUGGGUAGUAGGAGAGAUGGAAGAGUGGCUUUUCUCACAAAUUUUAGGGAACUUGAAACCCUACCACAUCCCAAGACCAGAGGUGACCUUCCUCUUCGUUUUCUUCAGAGCAAUAAGAGUCCACAAGAGUUUGCAGAGCAAGUCCUCAAGGAGGCGCAUCAAUAUAAUGGUUUUAACCUCAUAUUAGCUGAUAUUUGCACUUCCACAAUGGUUUAUGUGUCCAAUAGACCAAAACAAGAUCAUCUUUCUGUUAUCCAAGUUACCCCUGGGAUUCACGUAUUGACUAAUGGAGCCCUCGACGCUCCUUGGCCAAAGGCUGAACGGCUGCGCCACAGUUUCAAAGAGCUUAUUGAUCAAUAUGGUGAAAGUGAAUUUCCUGUCAAAGAAAUGGUUGAGAAACUGAUGACAAACACAAUUAAAGAUGAGGAGUGCAUGCUACCUGGGAUUCAUCCUCCAGAACGGGAACUCCCCUUGAGUUCUAUAUUUGUUGAAGUAGAUUUUUCAUGGGGUCGUUAUGGCACUAGGAGCUCUUCUGCCUUGUUUGUGAAAUCAAACAAAGAAGUCACCUUCUACGAGAAAUAUCUGGACCAGGAGCAAUGGAAAGAGAAGAUGGUGACCUAUCAGAUCAAUGAGACAUAAUGAAUGAAUGGUACCGAUAUGUUUUAAUUCUGCUACCCUCUUUCAAAAAUGUCAAAGUGCAUCAUGCUGGUCAGGUAGAAACCAAAAAAGAAUAAAGGUUUUAUUAGUAGGGUACUGUGGUUUAGCCACUGGCACCUUGUUAAUCUGAAUGAAAUUGUUUUUUUAAUCUAACCCAUCCAAUCAAACCUGAAUUAGUUUGUACUGGAUCAGUUGGUUAUUUUUGUCAACUUUUUUUUUUCCA